GUGAGCUUUGCUCGCUGGGGAUUUUGAGAGCAGCAGAUUUGCAUAGGACAGGCUGAGGCACCUUCCUGGAUUGCCUCGGGAUCUUCCUCCUUCCUGCUUUUUGUCAACACAGACCGGACAAACGCUGCCUUAACGCGCUACUCGGGAAUGCAAGCAAUGGCAGGGCCCCAGAACCAAGCGGAGGAGGUGGAUGAGGAUCUACACUGCUGGAUGCAGUCCUCACCCUCACAGGGCAGUGGGGUUGAUGAGAAGCUGGAGAGGUAUCAAUGGCCCACUGGACGAAUGGCUGAAGCCAGUCACUGUGACCAGAUGUCAGCUCCGUACACCGUUGCAUGUGAGAUGUCAGGGGAGAAGCAGAAACCAACUUUCCAUCAGCUCGACACUGGUCGCCAUCACUAUCCGACUCAGCCUGGGCCCCUGGUUAGUAACAGUGAACAGUAUGACCUCUCACCGGCAGAAGCUGUGGGAAAGCCAAAGGAGGCUCUGGAAUCUGAGUUUAAGGACUUUGCAACGAUGAAUGAGCUUGAUUAUUCUUCACAAUUUGGAAAUGGCACAUCUUCUGAAACCAGCAUGUUUUUAGCAGCAAUGAUAAAAAAACAGCGCCAGGGUGGAUGGUUGGAUCCGUGUAGCAGACCUGAGUACACAGAGCAGAUGAAACGUGCCUCUGUUCCGGCUUCUUUAAGCAGCACGGCCUCCUCGUUAAACCUGGACCACCCUCAAGAAAUCAAGAAGGCUUUCCUCAACGCCUGUCCGGGUGUAAGCAGCAAUCCUGACAGUGUUACACACUCACAGUGUCAGGGCCGUUUUGAACUGCCCAGUAAAGAUACAGGGUACGAAUCUCACAAUGACUUUGGAAUCAGUCAGCUGGACCCCCCUGGGCCCCUCCUCUCAGGGCUGAAUGACCUGGAGCCUCCUCUCCCUCUGCAGUCCCGAGAAUUUCCAGCGGGGGCACCCCACAUGUAUCCUGUCUUUUCAUAUCCCAGACCCCCAGCCAUCAUUCCUCGAUACUCUCCGGGUAUACCUCAGUACGGAUACCAACAGGCUUUCAAACAAAUGCAAAGCCCUUAUGGUGUGAGUGUUCCUCCCCAAGCCUGCAAGUGUGAACAGUGCUACAAUAAGGCAUAUCAAAAUGGUCUCCUUCCUCCAUCCAUGAGGUAUAACCAAGAUGACUCUGUGAGUGAGGUGUCACCCAUACAGCCAUAUGGAUGUGGACUGGUUAACUCUUCCCCUCUGAAUUUGGCAAGAUAUCCUUGUCAUGGAGGACCACAAGGCAACUUCAUCCAACGACCAUCACAAGCACCAGUAUAUGGGAAAUAUCCCUGUUGUGUAAAUGCCAGAGAUCUGCACUGUGAGGCAGCUGGACGUAUGAUUGCAGUUGUCCCUCAGCAUGAAGAGCUUCCUCUACAUGAGAGAGGUCACAUUGCCUGUGCCUAUCCCAUCUGCCAUACCAACACAAGGGGCAGUUCCACCAGCAGCACUGAUGGACAAGGCACUCUGCGAACUGUGAACCUGCCGGAUGCAUUACGAAAGGUAUUCGUUACUUAUUCUGUGGACUCAGCUCAUGAAAUUCGUACCUUUGUGAACUUCCUGCGUGUUAACGGUUUCGAAACAGCAAUUGACAUUUUUCAAGACUCUGUUCGUGGUAUAGACAUUAUCAAAUGGAUGGAAGGCUACCUGACCAAUAGGGAGGUGAUGAUUGUAAUCGCCAUUAGUCCAAAAUACAAGCAGGAUGUCGAGGGAACCAAGUCAGAACAACUAAGAGAUGAGCACAGCUUGCACACAAAAUACAUCCACAGAAUGAUGCAGAUUGAGUUCAUACAACAAUCAAGCAUGAACUUCAGGUUUAUACCAGUACUCUUUGCCAAUGCUACCAAGGCUCAUGUACCCAAUUGGCUGCAGAACACACACAUUUACAAUUGGCCCAGAGAUCAGAAGCGAAUCCUCCUCCGAUUGCUGAGGGAAGAGGAGUAUGUUGCUCCACCAGUUGGACCAUUACCCACCAUUCAAACUGUCCCACUCUGACCUUGUUUUUGUUCAAUUAGCUUACAAUGGCUGCUCUGGCCUCAGUGCAAACACUUGGAUGGGAGGGGCCUGACUGUAUGGAGUUAUUGUGGUUUACCUGAAUCAUGCCAAGCUGGCUCAGUGCUGCAGACUAUGAUAUUUCUCUUUUUAUAUGUAAUGGGGUGGCUUCAGAUGUUAAUUGGCUGUUUAAUCUCCUGAAGAGUUGCUCUGCAUCAAGGUACCAACGCUGGAACCAGACAUGACCCACGGGGAUUUGAAAAACACUUCUAUGUUCAAGGCAACAGGAUUUCAGCAACAUUUAAUCAUUCACUACAUAUGCAGACAGUACUACAUUCAAAUCCAACUCAAGCUGUUUCAAUUUUGCUCAAAGGGAGAUUGUGUGUUAAAGAGGACAAUGUGUAAUAGAUGUUGUAUUAUACUUAGUUGAUGGUACAUACAUGUCCAUGUACUCAUUGGAAAAACCGAUAUUAACAAUGGGACAACAUUUUGUGUUUCUGUCGGUCUCCCAAGGAAAUGCCUCCCAAGUGAUUUUUUAAAAAAAUAAAAUGUCUCUUGGGUUGUCUCUGAAGUAAUGAUGAGAGUUGGAUCAACUCACAUACUAUUGGUGGUGGUGGAUUCACCACAGCAGGAGGAACACCAGCCUAUCUGUUUGUUUUCAGAUUGGCCACAAGCUCCAGGAGAACUCUCAGGUAGACCAUGCCCUGAUCUCUUUGGCCACAUCAAUACAUUUCUGAUUGGUAGCAACCUUACUGUUGUUUUCUGCAAAAGAGUGCAAUACAUUGGUUUUAUUUCUUCCAUCCAAUUUCCGGAGUCAGUAAGCUUUCAACUAUGGAGUGUGUCAAAGCUGGACUUGGUGAGGCACAAAUGGAAAUAUUCCUUUCCUCGUUAUGGGAUUAUCGCUGGACUAUUAAUCCAGAGACCCAGGUAAUGUCCCGGCAACUCAGGUUCAAAUCCUGUCAAGGCAGAUGGUGGAAUUUACGUUCAAUAACAAUCUGGAAUUAAGAGUCUAAAAUAUAGAUGGUUGGAUAAACCCCAUUUGGUUCACUGAUGGCCUUUAGGGAAAAAAACUUGUUCUCCUUACCUGGUCUGUGUCUCCAGACUUGCGGCAAUGUAGCUGACUCUGAUCUACUCUCUGGAAUGGCCAAGAAAUGUAGCCUACCCAGUAAAGCCCUCGUUCCAUGAAUGAAAACAAGAAAAAACAACUCCUAUCCUUACCCUAAGGUAGGUACACCCUUAAGUAGGGAAACUAAAACUCCAGGCAUGUUCUUGACAAAUUCCUUUAUAAUCGCAGCAAGGAUUUUCUUACACAUAUACUCCCAUCUAUGUGCAAUAAUGGUUAACCUGGUUUUCUAAUUUCUUAGUUUAUCCAAUAUGCUGGCUUCUUGAUUCAUGUUCGAUUCCAUCUAUCACUUCUCCACUCCCUUCACCUGGUUUUGCUCCUUUGUUUUUGUAUCAUCUCCUGCCUGGCUUUGUAUUGGCUGAAAAAAUUAGAUAAGUUAGAUUAGAUAAGAGCAAGUGUAAUUUCUCCAGCUCAUUGAUGUGGAUCAUUGAUUAGUCAAUGAUUGAGGAGCAAUGACAGCAGAUUUUCCAGUGUUUCUCCAAUGCCAGGGGAACCGUGCACCCUUGGCAAAUUUCAGAAAAUGGGGAUGGCGUAAUAUCAAAAAAAAUUGAAGCAAAAUUCACAGAGUUAAUAUUUUCAAAUCUUUGGGAUGGGUGGUUACUUGGUGAGGCACAAAUGGAAAUGUUCCUUUCCUCGUUCUGUAAUCUCUCAGCAAAACACGGUGAUGCAUUAACCAUGUGAACAAACUGUCACAAUUAUUGGUUGGAGACACUACUUUCAUGAAUAAACAGUUAGCAAACUUAGAGAAUUUGUUUUCAACUGUCAGAAUGAUGUAAAUUGCACGCAUGACACGAUGUCGCUUCUGAACCUUUCCUCUCCAAAUUUUUGUAAACAAAACAUUAUUGUGA